GCAACUAGAACGACAGACAAUGUGGUGUUCAAUAAAACGAAUCUGUUUCUUCAUAUUAACGUUAAAAUCUCUAGCAAGUUCUUGUGAUUGUGAGAAGAAUCACACAUCGAAAAACGUGACUGGAACAGCGAAAUCAAAGCAAUAUUUUGCAAUUGGAAAAAGAGGUUUAGAUCUUGAUUACUCGACGACAGAAACUAGUAAUGUAAACAUAAGUGUAACAGAAGUUAUUGAAACAACAAAUAGUAAAUUCAAUGCAGCGUUUAAUGUAAAAAAUAUAUCGAAGUCUAUUUUAACAAAAGAUAUGAGAGAAACAUGCCCAUAUUACAUAACCGGUCUUGGGUUUGAUAUAGACAAAAUGGCGGAUGUUUGGCAAACUGCAUAUUAUCGGAUGUCUGAUAGGGUUUCUUGUUUCAAGAUUCAUAUACGGAAAACUUCUGAGAGGGAAAGAAAAAGAAACUUACUAAAAUACGGUAACUUCAAUAACACAGUUGAUUGGAACAGCUGCCUUCUGGAAAUAAAGUCUGGUGAAAGGCCGUAUGCGUUCGACAGAAAACACUUCUUACAAGUAAAUGAAAGUAGUAAAGGAGUUUUCGCAAACGUUAUUUUCGAUGAAAAUGACGACAGAGAAAACCAAACGAAAAUACGCUUACACGAUGAAAGCGCUGACCAAUGGCUGGUUAUAAAGAACCUGCUCCUCAUGAGGGAUUGUGAGAACGGAGACGUAGCUGUCUUCUCUCGGGUACCUCACCAACCACGACUAGAAGAUGUUUGGGAUGCGCUAAAAGUCUUCGGAGAAGUGGCUAUGAACGGAACGCUAGCUUGCCUAGAAGAUGAUAGGGUACAAAGAAGCAUAAAAAAUGUUUUGCAAGAAGUAUUGUUUAGGUUUCGUUUGUUUUAAGUGUAAUAAAUUAUGAAAUAGCUAGCUCACUAUUACAAGGUCCUUACUUUUUGUUUAUAUCAGAAAAAUGAGAUUAAAAAUUUUCAUGUUGGUGUGAAAAUUGGGAAAAAUAAUUCAAGUUUCCCCCUUUAUUUAUGUUUUUUUAUUAUAUGAAACGUUUACUAAAAAGGCAAAAUUGACUUAUAUAUAAAUUAACAAAUGCAAAAACACAUAACAUAGAGCCUUGUAAUAGUGAGCAAGCGAAAUAUAGUUGCCAUUAAAAUAUUUUAAACUAGAUAUGAAUUUAUUAUCUGAAAAAGAUAUUAGUCCAAUUAACAUGUUAAUCUAGCUUCAAGCCAAGCUGUUCAUCAGUCAAACUCUGCUAAUCUAGACGCAGUUAUAAACAACGCUCUAACCAACUCUAACGCUCUAGCCAACCAACACCAACUUAGAAACAAGUUAGUGUUUCCAAGUAUCGUACUCAAUACACAGAGAAGAUAAAAAAA